GCAAUUGAGCAUUUCCCAACGUGCCCCACAUAUGCUACAAAUGGACACCCAAGAGCGACAGGGUUUAAACUAUUCUGAUAAUGGGAACUCAAGGAGUGUUUUAAAGGUGACUUUAGGGAGUGACAUCACAAGGCUCGAACAGGAUAUGGUUGAGAGGACACCAAGAUGGGAAGGAAAGGAGGAGCAGAAGAAAAUGACAAAGCCAGUUGCCAGGGCGGAGGAGGCCAAGGAGAACAUGACUGUGAAACCACCCCCUGGGUUGGAGGGAAUCAAGAAGAAAACCGUGAAAACAGCCCCCAGGGUGCAGGGAAACAAGGAGAAAGCAACAGUGAGACCAGUCCCAGGAGUGGAAGAAAUCAAGGAAAAGACAGUAGUGAAACCACUUCCCAGGGUGGAGCGAGCCAAGAAGGCAACAGCAAAAUCACCCUCUGGGGUGAAGGGAGCUCAUGAAAAAAACGUAUCUCAGCUCCAAACAAAGCCAAAAGAGCCUCCUGCAUCAGGGAAAACUGUAAGACCUGUUCCUCAGGCAGCUGCAGUGACAAAAAAGAAGAAACUUAGGGCUGCUGACUUCAGGUCUGAGCCACGAUGGGCUUUUGAGGACAAGUACCUGCUGGACAACUCAUCUCCGCCAUUGACCUGCUCUGAAUCAGUGAAGGCCAAAGCUGCCAAGUCUGACUGGCUGCGAGAUCUUUUCCUGCCCAACAUCAUGCUCUUCACAGACAAGAGAUACUUCAAUGACAGUGAGUGGGAUCGCCUGGAGCAUUUUGCACCUCCGUAUGGCUUCAUGGAGCUGAAUUAUUCAUUGGUGAAGGAGGUCAUGUCCCUGCUGUCCCCAAAUGCCCACCAGCAGCUGCUCCUGGCCAAUAGCAACAGCAGCAUGCCUACGUGUAUCAGCUGUGCUGUUGUGGGGAAUGGAGGAAUAUUGAAUAACUCUGGGAUGGGCCAGGAGAUUGACUCCCAUGACUAUGUCUUCCGGGUGAGCGGGGCUGUAAUCAAAGGUUAUGAAAAAGAUGUGGGAACAAAAACCUCCUUUUAUGGAUUCACAGCCUUCUCCCUGGUGUCCUCUCUCCAGAUCUUGGGCUACAGAGGAUUCAGCAACAUCCCAAGUGGAAAACAUGUCAGAUACAUUCACUUCCUGGAGGGAGCUAGAGACUAUGAGUGGCUGAAGGCUCUUUUGCUGAACAAGAACAUCCGUGAAGGAUUCUUGAACCACUAUGGGCAGAGGCCCCGGGAGAGAUUCGACAAAGAUUUCACAAUGGACAGAUACCUGGUGGUUCACCCUGAUUUCCUCAGAUACAUGAAAAACAGGUUUUUAAAAUCUAAAACUCUGGAGAAGCCCUACUGGCGGCUGUACAGUUUCCUGCUGCUGACUGCCCUCCAUCUCUGUGACCGGGUGAGUGCCUAUGGCUACAUCACGGAGGGUCAUGAGAAAUACUCGGAUCACUACUAUGACAAGGCCUGGAAACGUCUGAUUUUCUACACUAACCACGACUUCAACCUGGAGAAGCAGGUGUGGAAAAAACUUCAUGACGAGAGUAUCAUGAAGCUUUACCAGAGAUCCUGA